CUCAGCAGCAACAACAACAGCAGCUCAUCGAUCAGCAAACGAAGAUCAAACAAAUCGAAUCGAAGUAUGCUGCCCUGAAGCAGAAGCAGCUGGAACAGAAAUCGGACGUUGUCGAUGCCAAGUUCCAGAUUGUAGAGUCCAAGUUUGCGGCACUCAAGCAGAAACAGGAACAGUUGCUACACGAGCAGCAUACGCAAGUGACUACUACCACUUCCGGUGCACAGCAACAGCAGCAGCAAUCUCAGCAGUCCAGCGCCGUUCAGCAGAUUGAAGCGAAAUAUGCGGCUCAGAAGCAGGAAAGUGUUGUAGCCCAGAGCAGUGAGUCGGUGUCGAAGAUUCAACAAAUCGAAUCCAAGUACGCCGCGCGCAAGUCCUCCCUCAGUGGCCCGUCGGCUGAUGAACCGGUGAAGGCGGUGCAGCAGAUUGAAGUGAAGCAAGCUUCCAGUCAGCAACAGCAAACGGUUGUGUCUGCCACUGCCAGUGAAAAGCCUGAAGAACCACUAUCAAAGCUGCAACAGCUUGAGUCUAAAUAUACGGCCCACAUUCAGCACGCCAAGGAAUUGGUGAAGGAAACAGCGGAACUCACGCAAACCAGCGUCGAGCAGAAAGCGGAAGCGCAGGCGGAAUCACCUUCCACUGAGUCGCUGUCCAAGAUUCAACAGAUUGAAUCCAAAUACGCCGCUCUUAAAGCUCGCCAGCAGCAACAGCUGCAAGAAAUCAAGGCGGCAGAGGUGAAAACGGUGACAUCCGCAGCGGUAGAGCAAUCGACUACGCAGCAGCAGCAGCAGCAGGAGCAAACUGGAUCGGAAGAAGGACAAUCUAAGAUCGCUCAGAUUGAGGCAAAGUAUGCGCUUCGCCGUCAGCAGUCUCACAGUGUCGAUGAAACGGUGAAAGCUGCUACUACCGAAUCCAAGCUUCCCGUACCAACGAAGAAGGAAGAAAAGGUAUCGCAAACGGUCACCAAUAAGGUCGAAUCGGCACAGUCGCAGGCACAAUCUAAGGCUGUCACUGCUACAGAAAAACAAUCGACGGAAGUUAAGGUCGCGGAAACUAAAAAGUUUGCGGAAACAACCAAAACAUCCCAAGCGCAAGAGGUUAAAGUGGAGAAAGUAAAAGCGGUUGAAAAGAAGAUCCCAGAGCCGAUCAAAAUACCGGAACCAUCGACAACGAACGAGAAGGGUCCUGACUCGCCUAAGAAAUCCAAGAGACCAAAGUCUCCCAAAUCACCGUCACCGAAGAAAUCUGUUGAACCGUUCAAGGCCAAAGCGCAAGAAUCGAAAAAGACCGAAGCAGAGAAACUGGUUGCUACCAAGCCAGUCGAGGCAUCGGUAGUGACUGAGUCAGUGAAGCAAACAGUCACAGCGACAGAACAGAGUAAGACUACUGAGUCUAGCAAGGGCGUUGAAGCAACAAAGACUGUCUCAAAGCCGGUAGAAGCUCCGAAACCAGAGGCUACGAAGCCAACUGAACAGCCGAAGCCUGCUGUUCAAGCGAAGGCUGCUGAAACUCCUAAACCAAUCGAACAACCAAAGGUUGCUGCGCCUGCAAAGCCCGCCGAACAACCUAAAGUUGCCGUACCAACUAAACCAGUCGAGCAGCCGAAGCCUGCUGUUCAAGCGAAGGCUGCUGAAAUUCCUAAACCAAUCGAACAACCAAAGGUUGCUGUUCCUGCAAAGGUUGUGGAGCCUGCAAAGCCCACCGAACAGCCGAAAUCAACUGAGCAACCGAAGUCCGCUAUCCCUACCAAGGUAGCUGAACCAGCGAAGCAAGCUGAGCAGCCGAAACCUGCUACACCAACGAAAGCAGCUGAACCUGCCAAGCCAACUGAGCAGCCGAAGCCUGCUGUUCAAGCGAAGGCUCCUGAAACUCCCAAACCAACCGAACAACCAAAGGUCACUACGCCUGCGAAGGUUGCUGAACCGUCAAAGCCAGCCGAGCAACCUAAGGUUUCCGUGCCAACUAAACCAGCCGAGCAGCCGAAGCCUGCUGUAACAACGAAAGUUGCUGAACCUGCUAAGCCAAUUGAGCAGCCGAAACCUGCUGUAUCAGCUAAAGCUACAGAGCAACCGAAACCUGCAGCUACAACUGCAAAGGUUGCGGAGCCUGCCAAACCAACCGAGCAACCGAAAGCACCAGCAAAGGCUUCAGAACCGGCAAAACUAGCAGAACAAGCAAAAACUAUCGUACCAACUAAACCAGCAGAGCAACCAAAGCCUGCUACACCACCGAAAGCUGCCGAGCCCGCAAAACCAGCUGAACAGCCGAAGGCACCCGUUGCUCCAAAAUCUGAACCACCCAAGGUCCCAGAGACCCCCGCGAAGCGACCGACCUCUCCCAAGAAGGCACCAUCACCUAAGAAGACCACCCCACCGAAGGUAGACGAGCCUAAGAAGGUUCCGGAAAGCGUGGAAACCGUUAAAGCUCCAUCCGAGCCACCGAAGAAGCCGCUAGAACAGGUAAAGACCCCGGAGCCCGUUUCCAAGCCCACGGAACCGCCAAA